UUAGAGCCCGGGCUCCGGCUGGGGGCGAGCAGACCUCGAGCAGCCGACGGAGCUGCCGGGUCUCUUGUUGGUGCUGCUGCCUUCGCCGCCUAGCUCGCAGGGCCGCGGGGUAGGGGCGAGGGCCAUACUGGGAGGGGACGGCCCUCUCCACCCAAGCGUCUGCGAUGUCGUCCUCGGCGGCGAUUUACCUGUUGUCCACCCUGGGGGGCUAUGUGGUGACCUCGUUCCUGCUGCUCAAGUACCCGACCCUGCUGCACCAGAGGAAGAAGCAGCGAUUCCUCAGUAAACACAUCUCACACCGUGGAGGUGCUGGAGAGAACUUGGAGAACACAAUGGCAGCCUUUCGGCAUGCUGUUAAUAUGGGAACUGAUAUGUUGGAACUGGACUGCCAUAUUACAAAAGAUGAACAAGUGGUGGUGUCUCAUGAUGGGAAUCUGAAGAGAUCAACUGGAAUAAAUGUAAACAUCUCUGACCUGAAGUAUUGUGAACUCCCACCUUACCUUGGCAAAUUGGAGGUAACAUUUCAAAAAGGAAGCCAAAGUGAGGGAGAAGACAAACGCAUUCCAUUACUAAAGGAAGUUUUUGAGGCCUUUCCUCACACUCCAGUAAACAUUGAUAUCAAAGUCAACAACAAUCUGCUGAUUAAGAAGGUUUCAGAGUUGGUAACUCAGUACAAACGAGAACACUUGACAGUGUGGGGCAAUGCCAAAUAUGAAAUUGUAGAAAAGUGUCACAAAGAGAAUUCAGAUAUCCCCAUUCUCUUCAGUCUACAACGUGUUCUGCUCAUUCUUGGCCUGUUCUACACUGGCCUCUUGCCCUUUGUGCCCAUCUGUGAGCAGUUUUUUGAAAUUCCAAUGCCUUCUAUAAUAUUGAAACUGAAGGAACCACAGAGCAUAUCAAGAAGUCAAAAGUUUCUCAUCUGGCUGGCUGACAGGUUGCUAAUGAGGAAAGCCUUAUUUGACCACCUCACUGCCCGAGGCAUUCAGGGCAAUGAGGGUUAAGUGACUUGCCCAGGGUCACACAGCUAGUAUAUGUUUGGGUACUAAAUGAAGAACAUGAAUACAAAAAAGCUUUUGAUUUGGGAGCAACUGGGGUGAUGACAGACUAUCCAACAAAGCUUAAGGAAUUUUUACACAAUUAUGCAUAAGUCAACAUAAAAAAGGCAUUCGAAGAAGACUAAGGAAUAUUCUUUUUUUCAGCACCACAUAAAUAAGCCGUUUCUAGAAUGGUAAAAGAUGUAAUCAAUUGAGUUUCAUUACCUCAUUUUUAAGCCUGAUUCACAGUGUAGAAACUAUAAUGUAUAUUUAUUUUAAAGUAUAUUCCAGAUUUUAUGUUUGUACAUGGUUUGUUUAGAAAGCUAACAUUGAUUGGGAUAGGGCAGGUAGAAGAUGAAUAGGGGAUCAAGAUUUCUGCAUUCUACCUAUUGUGGAUCAAGAUUUCUGCAUUCUAUCUAUUGCAAGCAAUUUGCAAAUCACAGACUAACACUAAUGGACUUGGUAAAAUCCUGGACUUUGAAGGAUCUUGACAUUCACUGGGCUGAGAACAGUUAAUCAGCAAAACUAAAUUAUUGGAAAACUUCAGUCAUUCUUUUUAUUUCUGGUCAUAUUGCUAGCCUGCACUGUGAAAAAGAAACCAGUAGAAGGAGCAGUCAAAAAAACAAACACAACAGUGAUGUAGUUGUCUGACAAGACAAGAUCAGUAGUGAGUCUCAUAGAAGUAAUUGGAAAUACCACCACUUGACCAGAAACAAAAUCUGUAGACUGAAUUAAUUUUUCUUUGGCUGUUGUUAUAUACUUUUGUUAAUAAGAAUGUUAGAGACUAAUCUUUGAAGUCUUUUGGGGUGUGUGUGUGUGUGUGUGUGUGUGUGUGUGUGUGUGUACACAUAUGUACGUACCAUCAACUCUGUGGCUAACUUUGUUUUCAUUGUAAACAUUGCAAAGUAGACUUGUAGGUUAUUAUUGAGACUAGAGCCUCUCAAGAAACGGAAGAUUACAAUUUGUAAAAAGGCCUAAUUGUAUUUUGUAGGCCUGUUUCUGGAUGUACAAAACCACUUUGAUUCUUCAGCAUCUUCAUUAUGUUAAAGAAAGUGACAUCAUUGUUUCCAUACUUUUGGAUAACUCCACCUGAUCUGUAUCCACUGUUUUGCUAACCAAGUAGUCCCUUUUGAGUGUUAGCUGGAAAGAAGAUUUCCCAACAUUCUAAGACUCCCUCUCUCAGCCUUUCUUCUAUAACUAUGUGUAAAUCUAUUCCUAAUCCUUUUGAGUAUUUGUCACAGUUGGGGUCUCUGACCAUUGGUCAGCAGUAGACCAUGCUCUACAAUAGGGCAGGUGAGAUCUCAGACACUUGUCAUUUGUAAACCAUUUUCUCAUGAAGGAUAAUCACUCUCUCCCAUGAGGGUAAAAAUAGCAUUUUUUUUUUUGGAACAGAAAUAAAGUUUUCCAAGGACA